UGGUUUAGGUCAGCUUUGUUUCCGUCUUGGUCCGUUGCGAUUGCCUUUGUGCGGGUUCGGUUGGUUCGAGGCGUUGGCUGCCUUCCGCUCUCCUGCCCUUGUUGGUCUCGUCGUUUUCCUCUCCGUUCGCGCUUUUUUGGGAUAGCGUGCGUAGUUUGCCGCGACGCGGCGGUGAUGAUCGGCGGUGGUUCUUUGGAACUUUGGGAUUGGGGGUUGAUGGAAUCACGAUUAGGUCGCCGGGGCUGGGGAGGGGAAUUUGCGGAACUGGAUUGGUGGCAGCCCUUGGGAACUGGAGGUGGAGGUGGAGGGGGAGAUGCGGAUGCGGUGGGUGGGAGCUGCAUGCCGUCCCUGGUUUCUGAGCAUUUUGGUUUGAUUGAGGUUCGCGGAGCGAGUUUGCGCAUGUGCGAGGGCGGAGUCCGGAUUGUGCCUGGCAGGACGUAGGGGUAGAUUUGGGGCGGGUUGACGGUGGCGAAGAAGCUGGUGGGGCGACUGCAGCGUCGAUGGGUGCAGAUGUGGAGGUGUGGGUGUCUCGGAGUGACUGAGAGCAUGGAGGUGUGGAUGGGGCUGGGUCUGGACACUUGACGUGGUUGAGUGCCGGGCGUGUGUGGAACGCCGAGAAGGCAUAGUGUAGCACAUGCGUAGACCCGUUGCGGUGGGAGGUUGGAGGAGAGGAAUUGGAAAGGGAUCACAGGAGUGUCGCAGACUGUGUUUCGGCACGAGAUUUGUGGUGGUGGGGUGGUAUCUCGCAAUCGGCCCCCACGCACCCCGCCCUGGUGGUGGUGGUAGAAGCCAGCAGCACUGGCAGGUCCGGACGCCCGAAGCCGGGCUCGAGAUCGCGCUGCCCGCAGGGCGGCAGCUUCCGAGGGUAAGAAGCAAGGUGGUGCGCAGGAGGAAGCACAAAUUGGAUCGCGUCCGCUGAGUCCGCAAGGUCAAGUUCGGGGUGGGGGAGGGAUGGGCGCGAACGGGGCGAGUUCAUCGGGCGUCAGCAAUGGGCUGGCGAGUUCGAGCCUAGCGGGGGCUGGGAGCCGGUUCAAUUCGCUGGCCCCGCAGUCGCCGAUAUAUUCGCUGACACUGGACGAGUUCCAGACUGCACUCUCGGAGCCGGCGAAGAACCUUGGGUCGAUGAACAUGGACGAGUUUGUGAAGAACAUAUGGAGCGCGGUAUGGACUAAUGACGAGAGUCAGGCCAUGGCCGAAGCAAUGGGGCCCCUGGGCGACGCGGGGCAAGGCAGCGGUGAACUGUCGAGGCAGCCGAGUCUGCAGAAGCAGGGGUCGAUCAGCCUGCCGCGAACGCUGAGCAUGAAGACGGUGGACGAGGUUUGGAAUGACAUACAUCGGGGGUUGUCGGAGCAAUCCGAGGCCGGCGGGGAGCCUGUCGGAGGGGGUUCGGAACAGGAGAGGACAAAGACAUUUAAGAAGAUGACGUUGGAGGAUUUUCUGGUGAAGGCGGGGGUGGUGAUGGAAGAUUCGGAGGCGGCGACGCAAGGGUUCAGUUCGUUUAUGGGUGGGGCGGGGAACCAGGAGAAGAGUAGGAUCGCGCACGGAGGAAGGGCCGGCGAAAUUGUGCCGACGCUGUCAUUGUCCCCUGCAAAUGUGAUGACGAGUCAGGCGACGAUUGGAUCCAUGCAGAUAGACGCGUACAACAAGAACCAGGCUGCUGGCACACAGCAGCAGCAGCAACAGCAGCAGGCUGACUGGCUGCGCAGUAUCGCACAGCAGCAGGCAGCAGCGGAGGCCGCUUACGCGAACGUGGCGGCGAAGAGGAUGGGGAACGGAGCCGGUCCGAUGGUGGGCAUGGGCGGAUUGAGGAUGGGUGGAGCGAUUGGGCCGAGCAUGGGGCCAGGGAUGGGUGGGGCGAUGACGGGCGGAGGAUUGGGGUUGGGUCUCGGGGGCGGGAUGACGGCGAAUAUGGGGAUGGGUGCGAAUUCUCCACCAAGUCCGGAUUCGGAUGGUGGGCGCAGCGGUCUGUCGCUAUCGCCGAUUCAGUAUGGGGCGGAUGGGUCGGUGCGGGGAAGGAAGAGGGGGUCGGAUGGUGCAGUGGAGAAAGUAGUGGAAAGGCGGCAGCGGCGGAUGAUCAAGAACAGGGAAUCGGCGGCGCGGUCUCGGGCCCGGAAGCAGGCUUACACAGUGGAGCUGGAGGCGGAAGUGAGCCAGUUGAAAGAGGAGAACAUGCGAUUGAGGAAGCAUCAGGAGGAGGAGGCAGAACGCAGGAGAAAGCAGUGUUUGCAGAUAACGGAGAUCUUGCAAUCAGCGACAAAAGUUGCUGGAGUGGAGAAGGCCAAGGGUCUGCGGAGGACAAGGACGGCGACGUGGUAGGCGGGAGUCGGGGUUGUCUUUGGCGGAUUGGUGUGCGAGGACUGUCUUCGCGGUCGGAACGAUGACAGCGGUGCCGGAAGUUGAACGAUGCUCCAGGAGCAGGAUGCGAGUCGUGGACAAUCGCGCGGAUGUAUUUCAGGGCCGGGAUUUUCCAGCGCAUUCCCUUGGGUUCCUUGGCAUGUGUUACAUGAGGUGCUGGCGCAUGCUCGCGCAAGGAUCGGAUCGAGGCAGCGGGGUGAAGUGAUCCGCUUCGUUGAAGAGCUGUUGCAGCGAGAGCCGAACAAGGGGAUGGUAAUGCCCGUUUGUGGGGAAGCGGAAGUGCGGGAGGAGUUAUCGAUUCCGGAAUCUGGAUACAAGCACUGGGCGCCCGCUUCAUAUGACAAGUUGAACGGGGCGUCAGUAUCGAGGUCUUUGUGAGCUGAAAUGUAUAGCGAGUGUGGUCGGUGCGGAGAGACCAUGAACGUCUGUUUUGAGCCCCGUCAUGUAUACAUAUCACUGCAGCCUUUUGGCAUGGGGCGUCCAUUACAUUGUGGACAAAAUGUCGGUGACAAUUACUAGGUGUAUGGCCGCUGAGUGUGGUCGAUUGAGUUAGGACUAGUAUGCGGCGUUGCACAUUUUCACCUUGACUUUGACUUGUAUGUAGUUUUUAUUUUAAUCUUUACUAGAUGAACCCGUGUAGUUGUCACGAAAAGUAUGACUCAAAUGAAGUAUUUUUUUGAAAGAUA